AUGGGAGGUGCUGCUGGAGUACUUGUUGGCCACCCAUUAGAUACUGUGAAAGUUCAUUUGCAAACUGAUGACCCUAAGAAUCCGAAAUAUAAAGGAACAUUUCAUUGCUUAAAAAAAAUAAUAAAAAAAGAUAAUAUUCAAGGUUUAUAUAGAGGAAUAAGCAGUCCAAUGUCAGGAAUUGGAUUAGUAAACUCAAUCGUUUUCGGAGUAUAUGGAAAUAUUCAACGUUUGUCAGAUGAACCCAAUUCACUCCUUUCACACUUUUAUGCUGGUUCCAUUGCCGGACUAGCGCAAAGCUUUGUAUGUGCACCGAUGGAGCUGGCGAAAACAAGGCUUCAAUUAUCGUCACAGAUUGACAGUGGAAUUAAAUUCACUGGGCCCAUCAACUGCAUUAGAUAUAUAAUAAAAACAGAAGGUGUACGUGGAGCGUUUAAGGGCUUAACGGCCACCAUUUUCAGAGAUAUUCCAGGAUUUUCCAGCUACUUUGUAUCUUAUGAGUAUUUGAUGCGGCAAAGGGAUAGUCCUAAUAUCCCAUAUACUCUUAUGGCCGGAGGCUGUGCUGGAAUAGCGUCAUGGCUAGCCUGCUAUCCAAUUGAUGUAAUUAAAACGCAUAUGCAAGCGGACGCCCUAGGAAAAAAUGCUAAAUACAAUGGAUUCAUAGACUGUGCGAAAAAGGGCUUUGAAAAAGAGGGUACUCUCUUUUUCUUUAGAGGAUUGAACUCUACUCUGAUAAGAGCUUUUCCAAUGAACGCUGCUUGCUUUUUUGUGGUUUCCUGGAUAAUGGAUCUUUUUAAUAAAAAUGGAAUGGAUAUGGCAAUGAGCUCUGAUAACCCACUAUAUCUUGUAAACUUAGAAAAUACGACCCUGGCUAAUCUGGGGAACACGUCCUCAAAAAUUGAAGAAUUAGUAAGGAACAUUAUAACUGACAACUCUAUUUUAGUCCAAUUAAUUUCCACUCAUCAGGACAUAACACCAAACCAAUUUACAAAUAAUAUUUAUAACGACUCUGAUAAUUUUAAAAGCCAAAUGGAGUCUAAAUAAAACUUAUAAUAAAAAACCAAAA